UUAGUUAGACUUACACAUUAGGUUAUAUCUAUUUUCUGAUUCCGCAUUUUAAGUUUCUUGCAUUUUAUGAUAUAAAUAAAUAGAUUUUCAUCAUGGAAACUAUUUUAGAACAACAAAGAAGCUAUCAUGAGGAAAGAGAACGGACCAUGGAUGCUAUGGUUAAAGAAAUUUUGCAGAAAAAGACAGGACAUCGAGAAACUAUCAAUGCAGAUCAUCGACUGAAGAAUUUACAUGAUAGAUAUAUUGAGUCAACUAUAAGGCUUAAAGAACUAUAUGAGGACAAAGAUGGGCUAAGAAAAGAAGAAAUUGCAGCUUUGUCUGGUCCAAAUGAGUUCUCAGAAUUUUAUUCAAGACUUAAACAAAUUAAAGAAUUUCAUAGAAAACAUCCUAAUGAGAUUUGUGUACCAAUGUCAGUUGAGUUUGAAGAGCUUGGCAAGUUGAGAGAGAACCCUGCUGAGGAUUUUACAACUCCUGUAGAAUUCACUGAUGAAGAAGGUUAUGGAAAAUAUUUGGAUCUACAUGAAUGUUAUGAUAAAUAUAUCAAUCUAAAAGGAAUUGAGAAAGUCGACUACAUUACAUACUUAAGCAUUUUCGAUCAUCUGUUUGACAUACCAAGGGAGCGUAAGAAUAGUGAUUAUAGAAACUAUAUUCGUGCACUUUUGACAUAUUUGAAGGAUUUUGUCAGCCGUGUGAAACCAUUAUUGGAUCAAGCACAAGAAAUGGCGUUAGCUCACCAGGAAUUCGUGAAGCAAUGGGAGGCUGGAACAUUUCCUGGAUGGCCAAAAGAAACGGGCGGUGCCUUAACCAACGUAGGUGCUCACUUGGACUUGUCUGCAUUCUCCUCGUGGGAAGAAUUGGCGUCUUUGGGCUUGGAUAGAUUGAAAUCAGCUCUCAUGGCUUUGGGGCUUAAGUGUGGUGGUACAUUGGAGGAGAGAGCACAGAGGUUAUUCAGUACGAAGGGUCAGACGGCCUUGGAUAAAUCCCUAGUCGCCAAAAAGGGAGGAAACAAGGCUAAGGCAUCAGCUCACCAAAGACAUAAGGACAUUGCGGCUAUUGAAGCUCAAGCGUACAGGUUCGCUACUUUAGUUGGUAGUACGCGCGCCGCGACCAUAGAGAAUGUGACGCGUAGAGCAGCGCGCGCUGCCGGCGAAAGGCGGGAUGAGAGCGACGAUGACAGUGACACAUCUGUCGUCGCUGACAUCGACUCUGAUGAUGAUGAGGUUCCAUACAACCCUAAGAAUCUGCCUUUAGGAUGGGAUGGCAAGCCUAUCCCAUACUGGUUAUACAAACUUCAUGGAUUGAACAUCAGCUACUCGUGUGAGAUAUGUGGAAACUACACAUACAAAGGACCGAAGGCAUUCCAACGCCAUUUCGCGGAAUGGAGACACGCUCACGGAAUGAGAUGCCUUGGGAUACCCAAUACAGCUCAUUUUGCUAAUGUCACCCAGAUUGAAGAUGCCCUUGCUUUGUGGGAGAAAAUUAAAAAUCAAAAGGAAGGCGAGAGGUUUGUUGCUGAAAACGACGAGGAAUUUGAGGAUUCUCAAGGAAAUGUCGUGAAUCGCAAAACCUAUGAGGAUUUGAAACGUCAAGGGCUCCUUUAAGAUUAAUAUACUAUAUUAAUAAAUAUCUCAAUUUUG